UCUGAAAUCACUCAAUUAGAAUCUAAUCCUGCUAAAAACCAAGCCGAAUUAGAAUCUAAAAAGAAAAGAUUAAAAGAAUUACAAGACCAAGAAAAACAACUAACUGCUUCUUUACCCCUAAAUACCCAAAUUACCAUCUUACAAAAAGAAAUCAAACAAUUAGAAAGUAAAUCCACUAGAACUAAGGUCGAAGAAGUUCUUUUAUCUGAAAAAAAGAAAGAAUUAGAAGAGUUAUUAAAAAAACAAAACAAUUCAGAUACUAAUAAUGCUAAACCAACUGAUAAAACUGCUUUGGUGAUUGGUUGUGGAGUAGUAGCAACUAUCUUAAUCUUUGAUGGGGUAUGUAAAAGAGAUAGUGAUCUAGAAAAUAAAGGUAAAACUAGAGAAGAAAUAACUAAACUAGACAUUAGUAAAGGUAAAAUUGGAAAUAAUUAUUUUAAGGAGGGUAAAAACUUAGUAGGUUCUUUAAGAUUGGAAGGGUUUACUAAUUUGCGAACUUUAAUUUGCUUUGGUCAUCAAUUAAUUGGUCUAGAUGUUAGUAAUUGUUCUAAUUUAGAAAACUUGGAUUGUCGGGACAAUGAACUAAAUAGCCUAAAUACUACUGGGUGUCUCAAUCUCAAAACAAUUGACUGCUCCAGUAAUCAUAUUAGAGAAUUGGACUUAAGUGCUUGCCCUAGUCUAAAAGAGGUGGAAAUAAGUAAUGGCAAAUCUACCUUAGCUAAUGUUUUGACUGAUACUAACCAGUUUGUAGAAAAAAAAUGUGGUGCUAGCAUAACUAAACAUUUUCAAAAAAUUGAGGAGGAUAUCCUGUUUAAGAUAGGAGAAGGUAUUCAUGCUGCCAAAGAAGGAAUAAAUCAAGUUCUCUUUGUUGCCAAAGGAAGAUUUUCUGAUGAGCAAGUAAUUGCCUUUGACACUUUUAAAGAUUUUAUCGCGGAAAGUGGUAUUACUAGGUUCACUACCAUUGUCAAAACUGGUUUUAAAGAUUUCAGUAAUUCACAGGAAUGUGCUAGAGAUCGGCAAUCUUUGCUUGUGCAAGCCAAAAAAAUUAGAAAGAUAAUUGAAUCAUGUAAUGAUAUUAUCCAUGUCAAUAAUCCAGCGAUACCUGAGUUAGAUGAAGAAGGCAGCGAUAACGAGCAAGAAAUAAUCAUAACUAAGAAGAAAAGGAAGGCAUCUAGAGAAAAAAAAAAAGAAAUCGAGCAAAGCAAUAUAAUUGGUGGAGUCACUGCCUCGGUGGAAUAUAACGCCCAAAAGAAAAAACACUCUCCUAAUCAAACUUAUCCUCAAAAAACCGGCAUUAGCCUUUUGAAUUCACAAGACAUGGAUAUAGAAAGUGAAACAGUAACACAAAAUAAGAGACCAUUAUCAAUUUCUUCCCAAACUGAGUUAUCUCGAGAAGAAAUUAAGUUGCCUAAAACAAGCGAAACACAAGAAACUCAAUCAGAAUUAAUGGAAAAUCUCUACCUAAAAAAAAAUAUGACUAAGACAAUAAUACUAAUUGGAAGAACUGGCAGUGGAAAAUCUACCCUGGCCAAUGUAAUCAGUGGCACUAAUAAGUUUAAAGAAAGCGGAGCAAGCAUUAGUGAGACUAAGGACAUUCAGAGUGAAGAAUUUGAGGAAAAUAACAUUGGUUAUCGUAUAAUUGACACAGUAGGUAUUGGCGACACAAAAUUAACUAAGGAAGAAGUAUUAGAUAAGAUUGCCGAAGCAAUUUAUUUAGCUCGAGAAGGGAAAGAGAAGUGUAAAGAAGACAUUGAUUUAAUGCUUGCUAAAGGAGAUAGAUUGGCCGAGAUAAUCGAUUCCUGUCAAGGCAAAGUUGUUCAUGUAAAUAAUCCUCCGAUAGAGAUAAAAGAGAAUUUACAAGAAAGUUGCCAAAGCUUUUAUAAUCCUCCUAAAUUAAAAGAAUUAAGUGCGGAAAUUAUUAGUUACAUGGAAAACAAAUUAGAGUUAAAAAAAAGACUGAAGCAUGAAAAAUUGGAAAUAAUUGAAAGUAAGAGAAAAAUCAAGGAAAAUAUUUCCGCUGAAGUUAAUAAAAUCAGUUUAAUUUCUAGAGAAGAAAUGGACAACAUUCAAGAACUUAAUGCUAAAGGCGAGAAUAACGAUAGUUCUAAAGAAAAAAUUACAAAAUUGAAAAACAGCAUAGAAAAAUUAAAAAAAGAAAUUCAAGAAAAGGAGGAGAUUAUUCGGAAAAAAGUAUUAGAUAGUGUAUUCAAUAAUUACAAAAGCAUCAUUGGCGUGCCAGGAGGUGAUAUUUUCAUUGGCAAAGUCUUAGGUGAGGAGUUUAUUGUAAAAGAGUUAGUUGAUGAUUGGAUGGAAAGAAGAUUUAGUCUCGAAGAAACUA